GAAAGAUCAGGAGCUACGGGAGCAGUUCGGGCAAUGUGGGGAAUGUAAACAAUACACUGGGACAGCCAGCUGCCUUAUGUUAAUCGGGCUGUCCCGUGAAAAGCUGCCAACUUGGGAGGUAUGUUUCUAGUGCAGUAUGGCAAUGUAUGAUAUUCGGCCACUGUGCAGGUUGGGAACAGACACAGAGGGGCGGGGCUGGGGAGGAGUUUCCUCCGCUACUGCAAAGUUCUGUCUGUCAGUACUAUGACUACUUCCUGUGAAAGAAUGAAGCGACCCCCUCCCCCCCAUUCCUCAUUUCAGCAAACACACUGAAGAGAAAGGAUGUCUAUGUAGCUCUGAUCUAAUUACAUUUUUAGGAGAGAUGGCUGAGUGUUCCACGCUGGAGAGUCUCAUUGAGAUGGGAUUUUCACCCAGUAGAGCAGAGAAGGCAUUGGCUGCUACUGGCAAUCAGGGAAUAGAACCAGCUAUGGACUGGUUAGUAGAACAUGAAGAUGAUCCUGAUAUUGAUGAACCAAGUGUGGUUGUCCCUGAAGAUAGUGAUUCUGGUACAACAGAUACACAAGGCAUGGACACCUGUGAAGAAAGACUUCCCCUGACUGAAGAGGAGAAAGAGAAACAGACAAAGAGGAUGAUGGAACUGAUUGCCCAGAAGCAGAAAGAGCGAGAAGAAAGAGAGAAGAGGGAAAGGAUUGAACAGGAAAAGCAGCGACGGAAGCAAGGUCAAGAAUUGUCUGCAGUCAAGCAGAAAAUACAAGAACAAGAGAUGCAGAAAGCUGUUGAAGACAGAAGAAGAGAAAAACAAGAAGAGAAGCUGGCAAGGGAUAGAGUCCGGGAAAAAAUUGCACGAGAUAAAGCUGAGAGAGCUAGAAGGUUUGGAGGAGCAGGUUCAGAACCGAUCUCGCCUCCAGCAGAGGCCUCUAUUCCUGCUACCACCCCAUCCCCAUCUUCCCCAGUACAAGAGCCGCCCACUAAGAAGGAAUAUGAUCAGUGCCGUAUUCAGGUGCGUCUGCUUGAUGGAUCUGCCUUAUCCCAGACUUUCCGUGCUCGAGAGCAGCUAGCGGCGGUGCGUCUGUAUGUGGAGCUGAACUGGCCUGGGGGUGCCCCGGGGCCUUUCAAUCUCCUCACAAGCUUCCCAAGAAGAGUCUUCACAGAAGAGGACAUGGAAAAGCCCUUGCAAGAACUUGGUUUGGUGCCUAGUGCAGUCCUAAUUGUUGCCAGAAAAUAAAACCGCACAUGAAUUGUAACCACCUGAAAACGUGAAAUGCAGUGUGUGCUCCCCAGAAGAGCACAGACUGUAGGAGAGGCCUCUCUCCCUGGAAAGACAACACACGGACUGUUCUUCACGCAUCUCCCUGAGGUGUACUGUAGUGUGUGCGUGUGUUCAGAGGGAGAAAUAAACCAGUGUGAUAUGAACAUCCACUCUUCUGGAUACACGGUUAUUCUGAUGUAAAAUGAUCUGCUCUGCUAAAAGUUGAGUCCCUUCUAUUAAAUAAUAUCAACUUUUACAGA